GCAUUUUGCGGAGGUAAAUGAAUAAUGUCUGAUGCAUUUAAAGCAUUGAUAAGAAAUUUCAUUAGAUCGACGAAAUAUUCUCAUAAUCUUAUCACAAAAAAUCAAUCCAAGUUGUCGGUAAUGAAAAAGCGAUUAGUUCAAAACAACAGAUAAUGUAUUAAUAAAGCGAUAAAAAUACAUAUUCAUUUGACGUUAAACAGUUCUUGGUAAACAAUAUUCCUUUUAAGAAGUCGCAUGUCCUUAAUUUUUAUUUAAGUUGGUAUACUCUAUUUGAUUUGGUUUACGAAGUGAGACAUGUGCAGUGAUGUUUCGGCAUAAUAUUUUGUUAUCGGUAGUACUAAUAGUCUGUGCAACUGUGGUAAUCGCACAAUCGCCAGUGUCACGAUGUUUCCAAUACACAUGGCUUGGCCCGAGGUUCAACAACGAAAGUAUAUUCCUAAAUGCCACGUGUCAGGACGCCACGCGGCUUGCUUCAGGCGUGCCUUGUGUCCACCCACUUGUUGCAUCAUAUGAUGGUACAUGGCCCGACGUGGAUUAUAUUUGGAGGAACUAUGAGCAGAACGCAUCCUGUAUUCUCGCCAGUAAUGAUGUUUGUGCCACAUAUACGUAUUAUUUUAACGGACAUGCGGAAAACUCUACAUCUAUGUGCACAAGAGCUGUUAACAGACUCGGAAAUGCCAUCACUAGCGGUUGCUACACUCAAAGAAAUGGCAGUUACGUGACUACAGCCUGCUUCUGCCGCUCCGUGCCAGGUGGAGUGCCCUGCAAUGAUGCCUACUCACACUUCCUUUCUGCCGGCAUUAUAUUUUUCUUAGCCGUGUUAAUGUUUAAAAAUUUUAAUGUUGAGUAUAUAAUGUAUUCUGUACUAACAAGAGGAAACGCAAUACUAACUUAUACUUUAAGCGUGUUAGCAUGUUUAACCUUUUUGUGUUUUCUGUCUACGUUAACAGUGGAUUACAGGACAGCUGCACAGAUGAAUACAGUAAAAGUAGUCGUUAAAAAUGUACCAGACUACGGCGCUUCCAGAGAAAGAAAUGAUCUCGGCUUCUUAACUUUCGAUCUAAAGACAGAUCUCUCUCACUUGUUCAAUUGGAACGUGAAGCAAUUGUUCCUCUAUCUUACUGCUGAGUAUAUAACACCAAAUAAUGAACUGAAUCAAGUUGUAUUGUGGGACAAAAUUAUACUGAGAGGUGAAAAUGCUCUAUUAGAUUUUAAGAACAUGAACACAAAAUACUACUUCUGGGAUGAUGGUAAUGGUUUAAAAGCUCACAACAAUGUUACCCUGACACUGUCAUGGAACAUCAUCCCGAAUGCUGGCCUGCUCCCCAACAUCCAGGCUAUUGGACAACACUCCUUUAAAUUCCCCACAGACUACACACAGACGAGGGUAUGAUCCCUAAAUAAAUGUUAACAAAUGCGUUUCUGCAUUUUUGUAGGUGGGUUUGUGAUGUGAGACUUUUUGGUAAAAAUGUCAAAUAUACUGCUUUAUUUAAAUAUCUGUGUUUAAUUUUAUAUACUUUUAACAAUAGCAAUUGAAAUUACUGUUUAAGAUUGUUAAGAUAGAAUUAACUACAGAUUUAGAUUACUUGGAAAUCUCUACAUAUGUCUGUAAAUAAAUUAAUAACAUUU